CUCAAACCACCAGGCCGCUGGCAGAGGGGAAGUCGGGGCGGAAUGCGACCGCGCAGUGGAGUCGGCUCUACGGAUCUCGCAUGUUAGCGUGAGAACAACAACAAAGGGCUGGAGAGGAGCUUUAUAUGAACCUAUAUAUGAUGGCUGUGACGUAUCAGGAGGUGGACUCAACACAGCACAAAGUCUCAUUGAGCAAUAGCUUCACUUCAACUGCAGUCGUAGAAGUUAGGUUUCCUCUCCUGGAGCACCAGAUUAAGGUGCCUCGUCAUGAAGAUGUCCAAUUUGUCUUGGUUUGCCAUUAUUUUACUCUUGAAUCAGCUAUCCUCUGCAUCUGGGGGCAAAAUUCUGGUGUUCCCCCUCGAUGGAAGCCAUUGGGUGAACAUGAAAGUACUCAUAGAGGAACUGCAUGCCAAAGGCCACCAGGUCACUGUGGUUCGGACGUCCGAUAGCUGGUACAUCAGUGAGACGUCUCCCGUCUACACUUCUGUAACUAUUCCCUAUCCUGGAGGAUUUGAGGACCACUUUGACGUGUCUUUGCCUCAACAGUUGGAGAUCCGGCUUCAGAGUAACCCUCAGUCUUUUUGGUCUCGCUUCUGGGCUCAGCAUCAGAUAGAUAAUAUGGUUAUAGAUCAGUUCUUUAACUUUCAUAAGGCAGCGAGUGAACUAAUUAUUCAGAUGUUUGAAGAUAAGAAUCUGAUGCAAUCUCUCCAUGCUGCCAAAUAUGAUGUGGUUUUGACUGACCCUGGUAUCGGCGGAGGGGCCAUGCUGGCACGUUGGCUCCAAAUUCCACUUGUUAACAACGUCAGAUGGACCAUUCAAGGUGAAGCUCACUUCCUCUUGGCUCCCUCACCGCUGGCAUACAUUCCUUUUACUGCAACAGAGCUGACUGAUAAGAUGACUUUCCUUCAAAGGGUAAAGAAUUUUUUGAGUUAUAAUGCUGGGAUGUACACACUAUCAAUGAUCACAGAACCUAAUUACAAACCAAUAGUUAAACGAUACUUUGGCCCUGAUGUGGACUACUCAACUUUUUUCCUGGAUGCUGAUAUAUGGCUCAUGAGAAAUGAUUUUAUUUUUGAAUUUCCACGUCCAACAAUGCCAAAUAUAGUCUACAUGGGUGGAUUUCAGUGCAAGCCCCCAAAGUCGCUCUCUGAUGACCUGGAGAAGUUUGUCCAGAGUUCUGGAGAUCAUGGGGUUGUUAUAAUGACUCUAGGAACUUUAGUUGGGAAACUUCCUCAAGUUGUCUCUGAAGAAAUUGCCGCAGCCUUUGCUCAGCUGCCUCAAAAGGUUAUUUGGAGGUAUAUGGGACAAAGGCCAAGCAACCUGGGCAACAACACAUUACUGGUCAGCUGGCUGCCACAGAACGACCUCUUAGGACAUCCCAAAACUAGAGUGUUCGUGACCCACGGAGGCACCAAUGGAGUUCAGGAAGCAAUUUACCACGGGGUUCCAGUAGUUGGACUUCCCUUGUUCUUCGAUCAGCCUGACAAUCUCUCCAGAGUCAGAGCAAAGGGAGCAGCUGUGAUUGUGGACAUUGCCAUGCUCAACAGACACAUCUUUGCAGAGGCACUGAUGGCGGUUCUUUACAAUUCGACUUACAGGGAAAAAAUGCAGAUGCUCUCAAGGCUGCACCGAGAUCAGCCCAUGAAGCCUCUGGAUCAGGCAGUGUUUUGGAUAGAGUAUGUUAUGAGGCACAAAGGAGCCCCUCAUCUACGGUCUCAAUCCUACAAAAUGUCCUGGUUUGUUUACAACUCUCUUGAUGUCAUCGCAGUCUUGCUGACUGCUGUUUUGCUUGCGACGUUCAUCUGCGUUUCAGUUCUCAGAUUCCUCUGGAGAAUUAUAUUUAGGAGGGAAAAAGUUAAACAUGAAUGAUAUAAAAGUAAAAUGUUUGUUUUUUGUGUGGAGACUCUAAGCUUCACCAAACAUUAACCCAGCAUGGCUUUGUAUGAUGCAGUGGAGAACAUAAAAACUGUGAAGCAGUGACAAUUUCUUGUUUGAAAAGUAACUUGUCAACAUGAUGAAGUAUUAGAACUCUAAGAUACCACCAGUAUUUAUUAUUAUUUUUAAAAAUCACGACGAAUCAAUGUGUUCUGUAAUCAAUAUAUUACUUAUUAUAUAUUAUGCAAUCUGUCCUUUCAAACCAAGAGAGAAAGCCCUGUCACUUUUGAUUUUAGUAAAAAUGAGAUGCUAAUUCUAUGACACAAACAUACUAUAACAGCUGAAACAGUGAUGUCUCUAGCAAGAAAACACAAUGCACAUUUAUUACUGGAAUUGAUCAUUUCUACCAAUUGUAAUCUGGUUGAGUUAAUAUUAGACUUAUAUUUGACGUUAGCUUUUUAAGUAAAAAUUGUCAUUACUGUUAUUUAGCUGUUUAAAAUAGUGGGCUUUCAUGCUUUUCUACUGACAGUUUCACAGAAACAUUUUGGUGAAGAACAGUAUGGACUGUGUAACUGAGUUGCUCUGUUUAGCACUCCUAAACUAUAUAAUGUUGCAUUCACUGACUUGACACUAGAUGGCAAUAUAAGUAAGGCAGACUGUACCUAAACUGCUUUUAUGCCUGAGAAGCUGAGGUAAAUACAUUUCAUUUGUUAAGCAUGAAUUUUGGUUUGUAUUAGUACAAGUGUCACUCUUCAACUAUCUAUAACUGCAGUUCAUGUAGCCUUGUGGAGGAAGAGAAAAGUGGAGGAAAAGGUUUCUGCCACUGUUUAAUGACAGCUCCAGUUGGCCACAUCUGUCAGUUCUGUUGAGAUAAAAGUCCUUUAAAAACCUUGAAGUGACAAUUAGUAAACUGUGCUAUGGAAUACUGACAAGAAGCAACACAAAUGACUUCAUACAUUCUCAGGUUUGUUUUAUUAAACUGCACAGCAGUCUUGGAAGAAGUAGAUCCUUUUCUUGCAUAAAAUCUCAAGAAAAGAAGAGAAACCAUCUAGCAAUGUCACACUAGAAAUGCAUUAGAUUAAAUUACUGGAUUCAUACACUUUAAUGCACAGAAGAAUAAACAGCAAAACUGAAAAAUGCUUUAUUAUAAAUCCUCUCAGCUCUUUCUUUUAUUCCUCAUAUUUUCCGGAAUCCAAUUUAUUUUCUCCUGAAUGACCUUUUGCUUGUUUCUUAGAAUUCUUAGAUUUCUGUUAAGGCUGAUCUGUGUUUUGGGAUAUUUAACGGUUAUAUAUAUAUAUAUAUA